UGAUGAAGCAUUUUCCGACGGCACUUGAAGGCAUCAUUUGUGUCUUCCUCCGGCUGGCUUCUAUCUAUCUAUCUUCGGUAAGAAAUGGCUCCCAAAUCCGCGAGAAAGGCGAUAAAAGACGCGUUGGAGACCCUGUCAAAGAAGAACUUUGACCGGUUCUGCGACGCGCUGUUGGACCGCAGAGCAGAGCCGCGGGUCCGGCGCAACGCGCUGGAGGGGGAAAGCUACUUAGUGGUCGGGAACGUGUUGGUGGAAACGUUUACCGAGGCCAGAGCUCCGGGAGUCGUCGUGGAGUUGUUGAGGGAGAUCAACUGUCACCAGGUUGCAGACACACUCGCUGAAGAGACCAGUGGACAGUCCUCAAAGCCCGGUUCAGCCGUGAGACCCUCAGCUGGAGCAACUGGUGUGAAUACCAUGGCAGAAGAUAACUGCUCAGGGGAAGACUUUGUGAAUAAACAUAGAGCCGAGCUGAUCGAGAGAGUGACCGACAUUGGAGCCAUUAUGGAUGGACUCCUCGACAAAGAAGUCACCUCACAGGGGAUUUAUGAUGAAAUCAUGGCUACCCCUAACAAAAGGGAUAAGAUGAGGUUGCUCUACUCUGGUGCCCUGCAUGCUGCUGGACGUGAAGGCAAAGAAGUCUUCUACAAACUCCUUGAGGAAAAUGAGAAAUAUCUCAUGAAGGAUCUCAAGAAAAAGAAAUGAAUGUUGUGGUGAAAUUCAUUUUUAGACCAAAUAUAUAGUCAAUCUGGGCCCAUUUGUUUUAAUACAAUAACAACAGGGGGGGUAAUGUUAAUUCUAUGUCUCUCUAAAAAAGGCUUUAUGUUUAUACACCUGCUUCGCCUUAAAUAUACAUAUAAGUUAGCUCAAUUUUGUAUUUGGUGUGGUGCUUCUUCUGCCUGAUCAGUGCGGCUCAUGAUGAGACAAUCAUGUAAAAAAAAAUUGGAAAUGUAUAUAAAUUCAUAAUAAAGUCUUAAUAAUGAUUA